CUUCGCGUGCUUCAGUCGCAGGCUUGUUUCCUCGAACAUCACGCGAUAUGACGUCUUCUUUGCCGGGCAAUCGUGACCUGCCCGUGUCGCAAUUCGACCUCAGCACCUACUGGGGCCGCGUGCGGCACUCGGCCAACAUUUCAGACCCGAGGACACUACUCACAUCCUCGGCCGGUCUCGAAAAUGCGAAGAAACUCGUCACCGCCUACAAGACGGGCAAGAUGCCAGAGAUGACGCCCGAGCUCUGGAACGCAAAGAAGAUUAUCGAUUCCACAUUGCACCCAGAUACGGGAAAGCCAGUCUUUCUGCCUUUUCGCAUGUCGUGCUUCGUGCUGACCAACCUGGUUGUCACGGCUGGCAUGCUUACGCCAGGCCUUGGGACGGCAGGCACACUCGCAUGGCAAGUGACGAACCAGUCGGUCAAUGUGGGAGUCAACUUCUCCAAUGCGAACAAGUCGAUCCCCCUCUCCACCUCGACCAUUGUCAAGUCAUACCUACUGGCGGUCAGCGCAUCUUGUGGCGUCGCCGUUGGUCUCAACGCCCUAGUGCCCCGCCUGAAGCGCUUGUCGCCCAACGCAAAACUGAUCGCGGGGCGUCUGGUACCAUUCGCUGCGGUCGCUACAGCAGGUGCACUCAACGUCUUCCUCAUGCGUGGCGAGGAGAUUAGGCAGGGCAUUGACGUCUACCCGGCGCUGUCGGAAAUUGAACGGCAUAGAGUGGAGACAGGCGACCUCGAGGUGAAGCCUCUUGGCAAGAGCAGGAAGGCCGCGACGCUUGCUGUGGGAGAGACGGCCCUGAGUCGAGUGCUCAAUGCUACGCCCAUUAUGGUUCUGCCGCCUCUUGUCCUGGUUAGGUUACAGAAGACGGAGUGGCUCAAGCAGAGGCCAAGAUUGGUGACUCCAGUUAACUUGGGCCUCAUCUUCACUACCUCCAUCUUCGCACUGCCACUUGCGCUCGCUGCCUUCCCGCAACGCCAGGCCGUCAGUGCAAAAUCUCUGGAGCCCGAGUUUCACGAUCGAGGGGGCAAGGAUGGUUUGGUCGAGUUUAACCGUGGGAUAUGAUGGAUCGGCGCCACCGAUCAAAGGACACGGUACCAACUUCGACCAGACCACCACGGCGCAGCACCGAUGCAAGCUGUUCAAGGCACCUGCAGAGCGCGACUGCACACGGGGCGUGGCUGCAAUUCAGGAAUUCAAGAGCGCUCGACAUGGUCACCGAGGUGCAGUGCGGCGAAGACAUGCUUCCUGGCCCUGUGAUUGGCUGCAACAACCACCGCAUCCCCAGAGCCACACCAAGUGCUUAUUCCAUAGAUGGUGAUAAGACCAGAUAUGUCUUUUCAAAAAAAGGGAAAUCUUGUUC